UCGCGAUUCUUUCUAUCUUUUUUUGGUCCCCUCAUGCCUGUGUGGCGUUAUAGUUUGUUGCGUUUCCUCCCGUAUCCAAGGGCGGGAGCCGGCGCCAUGAAUGCGGAUCAUGCGUGGUGGAAAUGACCAAUGUUUGAGUUGCCCGCAGAGCAUUGCUUAGCCGCUCCUGUUCCAAUGCGACACCACACUACAGUACAAGCUGCAGUCCCUUUUAUCUGUUUCGUCUUUUCUGGCGUCUCUUUUUUUUUUUUUUUAAUCGGCUCACGCGGUAAGACGUGGACUGUAGGCAUAAGAUCACUUCAGGACCACUCUAGUGCAAGAGAUGGGGCUAAUGGCAUCUCGUCAGUCGAUUCGAGAAAUGAAGGGAGACUACGGAGUACGAAGAUGAUGGACAAUAAGAACAGUACGGCAAAAUAAAAAUAGGCCCAUGCAUCUCGACCGAUGUCAGCGGAGGAUAAGCUCAGA